AUGAGUGAGGAAAUAGAAAAUCAGACAGUUCCUGAAGUAGAGAAUGGCGAAGCUCAAACCACAACUGAAACUCCAGAGCAACCAAAUGAACAACCAAAAGUAGAAAAUUCUGAAGAACAAAAUGUCGAAGCAUCAGAAGAACCAAGAACUUUAGAAGAAACCAAAUCAAAUAACGAUAGUGUCGAUAACUUUGAAAAAGUAAAUGAUUUGUCAGCAGAAAAUGAAGAAAAUACCCAGCCAUACAUUGCCCAACAUCAUACUGAUGAAAAUACAGAAAAUAUUGAAGCUUCUUCAGACAGCGAUGACUUAGAUGAUGAACCAGAUGCAAAUGCUUCAACUCCUGAAAAUGCAGAUGAUCAGAAUGACAAUGACAAACCACUUCUUGAUGAUAGUGAAGAACCAGCCGAAGAAAAUACAGAAAAUUCGAACGAAAAUACACCGUCACAAGCAGAAAAUGCCGAAUCUACAGAAAAAGAAGAGCAAAAAGAGGAACCCCAGCCUCAAGAAGCAGAAACCCAGGAAAACAAACAAGAAAAUCCAGUAGAAGAACCAAAAUCUGAAGAAAAUACCAAACCAGAAAAUGAAAAUGAAGAACCGAAAGAAGAACAGCCAUCAGAAGAAGCAGCAGCUGCUACAGAACCUACACCAGAAGAAAAACCAGCUGAAGAACAAACUCCAGAAAAUAAUUCUGAAGAAAAUCAAGAACAGCAGCAGCAAAACGAAGAAACACCUAAAGAAGAACAAACUACAGAAAAAUCUCCAAAGGAAGAACCACAAGAUGAGGCAAAAUCUGAAAUUCAAAAUCAAGAAGAAAUUAAAAACGAAGAACCAGCCGAAACAGAAGAAAGCAAAGAACCAAAAGAAGAUAAAACCCAAGAAACCCUUCAAGAAGAAGAAAAAACAGAAAAUCAAGAUCAAAAUUCUUCUCCAAACGAAGAACAACCACAAACAGAAGAAGAAACAGCUCAACCACAAGAAGAAUCUCCAAAUCCAGAAGAAAAUCCAGCUCCCGAAUCUCAAUCAACCGAAGAUUCUCCAAAACAAGAAGAAGAAACACCAAAACAAGAAGAACCAACUGAAGAACCACAAAAACAAGAAGAAACAGUUGAAGAACCACAAAAUUCAGAAGAAUUAACUGAAGAGACACAAAAAGAAGGAGAAUUAAAUGAAGUUGGAGUUGCUGUUUCAGUGAAUGUUGAAGUUCCAACAGAAGGAAACAAAGAAGAAGAGAAAUCAGAGUUCAAUUUCGAAAAUGCAGAGCCACUUCCAUCAGAACCAACAGAAGAACAAGGUUUCUCAUUCGAGAGUGCAGAGAAUCAAGAGUUUUCAGCAGAAGGAAGCCAAGAAUUCAAUUUCGGAGAGCUCCAACCAGUUCAAACCCGUUCUAUUGAAGAAGGAGCAGAAACAGAAGGAAAAUCAGAGAUGGAAUUCGGAAAUGAACAGUUGCUUUCAUUUGAUAACCAAAAUAAUGAAAAUACCUUUAAUUUUGAUAAUCAAAACAAUGAAAACACAUUUAAUUUUGAUAAUUCUGGAGAAGGAUUCACUUUUUCAGAAAACACAAGUUUUAAUUUUGACAAUGCUGCAACUAAUGAUGGCUUCACAUUCUCUGAUAACAACAAUGGUGGAUUUACGUUUGUUGAAGGUGGAGACUCAUUUAAUUUCAGUUCUUCAACUGAUAACAGUCAACAAUUAACAAGAUUUUUGCAGGCAUUGGAUUUCGUUGACAAAUUUGAGACUCCUUCGAAUGUUUUCGACACUCCUUCCCAACUUACUGAUAUUGACUCUGUUUUUAAUUUGAUCAUUUCUCAAUAA